UCCUCGGUGUAUCAAGAUGGCGCACAGUCCGGUUCGAGUUUUCGCUUCUCUCGUACCGGCCACCGGCGCUGUCAGUGUUGAUGUGAAGGAGCUGGAGAUGAACCGGGGUGUGAAGGCGAGGUGUAGUCGGUGUGCUGGACGCGGGAGGCAGGUGGAGGUGACGGGCAGCGCGGAGCUCUGUGUUCCUCCUGACCGGGCUGCUGUUAGCGUCUCCGUGUCGAACAGUAAGGAAAGCGCUAAGGACGCCGCUAACAGCGUGCAGCGCAGACUGGACUACAUCCUACACACCGGCCGCCAGCACGGGCUCAGGGAGGAGGACAUCACGGUGAUGAAACACUUGCAGAGAGAGGAAGCGCUGUACUGCAUGCAGGCUGAGGUGAGCAUGGUGUUUUCAGACUUUGUGAAGAUGCAGGCUGUUCGCUCGGUGCUGAUUGAAAAGCUGGACAGAAGCGUGUGUGUCGGGGAUCCGCGUUUCUCCCACAGUUCAGAAAGCCUCAGCGUGUUACGGAGACGUGUGUGUGCAGCCGCCGUGGAAAACGCUCGCCUCAAAGCACACGAGGUGUGUAACCUGCUAGGACAGGCUUUAGGACGGCCCCUAGCGGUACGGGAGGAGGAGUCUCGGGAGUGGAGGCAAGAAGAGGGCGUGACCAGUACUCCAAGUACUCUACAGGAAAAGGUGGAACAGAUGUCGAUCACCGCGUCGUCACACGUGUUUGUGACGUUUGAGCUGCGGCCUAAGGACAGUAUGAGGAAGAAUUGAUGAUACUAACACAAAUCCCUGACCAAGCCUUUUAUUUCAAUUACAGAAAGACAUGACAUAACAUCACUUGUGCUAACUGUAUAGGCAAAUUCAGCGAUGUUAGUUCAACUUCGAUCCUCAGAUAUGAUUGGCAGCUUCUCAAACUGUGGAAAGAGCAACAUAAGCACAUUUCCACACACGUAUAAAAACUUUCAGAGUCUUCUAACCAAAAACAACAUGGUUCCUGAUUUACAUUUCAGGAAAUGCGGCCAUUAUUUAAAUAAGGAAUAAAGCUCUGUGUGAUGUUCGGUUAUGAGAAAAUAAUCCACAGCAUGGUGCUGUAAUAUGGCCCAAGGUAUGAGCUAAUGUGAGCAGAGGAACUGUUUUUCAAUAACAGCAUGUGUUUUAUUCCUCUUUUACAGCGACAAUUUGUGAUUUAUUUUUAUAUCUGUAUAAGAAUGAUGUAUUUUUAUGUACUUUGUACAGUAGUUAUGAUUUGAUGCUGUGGAUCAUCCACAGAACAACUUCCUGUUAUUAUUGCUACCAGCUAUAAACAUCCUUUCCCUCACUCGUGUCACUUUGUAUGAAUCUGCUACUUAGUGGUGGGGAGACGAUGUUUAAAGGUUGUCCUUCUGUCUGUCCAUCCGUCUGAUUCUCAAUAACGUGAUGUCUCAUGAACAUGUGCUUAAAUGUUAAAUGCAGGAUUUAUGUGAAAUUAUCCUUGCAGCUGAACUGAUUUUGGAAUGGAUCCAAAGACAUAGAAAAGUCAAAUACAAGUCUGAAAUACAGUAGUUAUGUUUCAAGCAUACAAGAAGGACUAAGCUUUCAACGCUAUCAACGGCGCUGGCAUUUAAUUCGACGUGUUUCUGUCUCCUGAACGAAAAGCACAGCAUGGCAGAAAAUUACACCAUUGCAGAACACUGACACCGGAGACUCCUUCCAUAAGUCUCACUUUCUUCUAGAGAAAAUCAAGACAUCUUUUGUUAUGUAAAAUGUUUACUUGUAUGUCCACCAUUCAAGUCCCUUUGAGAAUGUGUUAUUGAUAUAAUAGAAAAGUAAUCAGCAUCUUCUAAUCAAUCAGAUCCUUCAUUAGAAUUCAUAAAGUUUACAUUGAACAUGUAUAAUGGCAUCAUGUGUGUAAAGCACUGGGUCCAAACAUGAAUCAGAAAUACUUUAAUCUGAUGCAAGGUGAAUCCCAAAUAUUUAUUUAGACUAGAGACUGAAAAACGGACAGUUUGCGGCCAUGUAAUCUACUGAAAGACAGUUAAGUUUAUAAUGAUUCAAGUAUAAGCUAGUAAUCAACACUGAACCCUCUGAGGCUUAAUAAUGCAAAUCUCAUACAUCCUGAGCAGCUGUAACUCUACACCUAAGCAAAAAAUAAAAA